AUGAGCCAUGACCCGCGACAGGGCGGCCUGCGCGGCGGCACCGCGGCCCCGCCCACGCCGCCGGCCUCCUCGAGGCUAGACCCGACACUGUCGCCCACCGGCGAGGCCGGCACGGCCCCGGCCGGGGGGGCCGGCCUGCGCGCCAAGUACCAGGGGGCCGGCCCGCGCGACAAGCAUGCCGAGGCGGUGGCCGCCACCUUCGAGGCGGCCAGCCCCGGGCCCGGCGGACUGCCGGGGCCCCGGGCGGCCCCGGGCGAGCCGGGCUUCGGCCGGCCAGAUCGCGGCCCGGCCGGGCCGCACCCCGUACGCCCGCCGCCGGCCGAGGGGGAGGGCACGCCCGGGGCGGCGCCCUUCGCCGGGCCCGGCGCCGGGGUGACCAGUCCGCCGGACUCGCCGCCCUCGGCGGCCGGGCCGCCGACCGCCGGGCCUGGCCCGGGCCCGGGCCCGGGCCCGGCCGCCGACGAGCCGGCCGAGUACCCGGGCCGGCGGCCGGACAGGCAGGCCGGGCCGCGCGCGGCCGGCACCCUGCCCGGGGCCCCGGGCGCGGCCUUCGCCUCGGGCACCUACCCCGGGGGGCUGGGCGACCGGCCGGCGGGGGCCGGGGGCCCGGGGCCGAGUGCGCGGCCGGCCGGCCGGACGGCCUCCUCGUCGGCCGGCGCCGGGUCGUCCUCGGGUUCGCGGGCCGGCGCCGGCGGCGGCGGCAGCACCGGGGCCGGCGCGGCGCCGCCCGACCGGCGGUCUGCGGCGCAGGCCGGCGCGGCCGCCACCCCGGCCAAGCCGGCCAAGCCGCCGCGCGCCUCCGCGCAGGCCGUCGUCUCGGAGGCCCUGUCCGUGGACCAAGCCACCAUCGAGCGGCAAAUCACCUACGAGGAGCUCCGGCUGAUGGUGGCCCAGGCGGGGCUGGCGCAGCUGUCGCUGGAGGCGCCGCCGGAGCAGCCGGGCCCCGGCCAGGGCGGGGCCGCCCCGCCGCGCCGGGAGCUGGACCUGCCGCUCGGGCCGCAGGACCUGCUGGAGCUGGGCCUGGACCCGUACAACCCGCUGGAUGCCCUGUACUAUGACCCGGAUGGCGGGUACUUCGGGGACGAUCCGAAGCAGCUGGCGGCGGCCCUGCGCGCGGCCCACGGCCGGUCGGCCAAGCAGGCGGACCCCGGGGCCGAGCCGGCCGGGCCGGAUGCCGGCCCCGGCGCCGCCCGGCUGCCGCACUGCACCCGGCCGACGUAUGGCUUCCACCCGCGGCCGCGGGCGUGGCGCCGGCUCGACGGCUCGGCCGACUGGGACCGCGGCUGGGACCUUGUCCGGGCGGACUGGGCCCAAAACCAGCCGCUCGAGGGCCGCGUGGUGGAGGUCCCGCCCGGCCGCAUGGUCCCGGCCCCGGCCACCUACCAGCCCGGGUCCCUGGUCCACGGGCCGCCCAAUGUCUGGGGCGACAGCUCGAUGGUCAUGGAGGAGCCGCUGGCCGCGGUCCCGGGCACCGGGCCCGGCGGGCAGGCCGACGCCCCGGCCGGGGCCGGACCGCACGCGGCCGGCACCGCGCCGCACCCCCACGCCGGGGUGGCCACCGCCACCGGGACCAUCAUCCGGCGGGGGUGGUUCGGCCGGCGGACGGUCAGCACGGCGGCCACGGCCACGGCGGCCGGGCCGGAGGCCGACGGCCCGGGCGCCGGCGACCCGGCCAGCACCCCGGCCCCGGCCCCGGCCCCGGCCCCGGCCCCGGCCCCGGUCAUGACCCCGGCCGCCAGCAGCACCGAGUCCAGCAUCGUGCCGGACCAGGUGGGCCCCUACCGGCUGGGCAAGGUCCUCGGGGCCGGGGGCAUCGGCACCGUGCGCAAGGCCCGGCACGUGGUGACCGGGCGCAAGUACGCCGUCAAGCAUGUGGUCAUGUGCAAGCGCAAGCGGCGCUUCGUCCUGCGCGAGCUGUCCCUCGGCCGGCUGGUGCACCACCCGAAUGUGGUCGGCCUGCGGGACGUGGUGUACUCGGACUUCGGCAAGGAGGUGUACCUGGUGUUCGACCUGGUCGAUGGCGGGGCCCUGCUGGAUUGGAUCGUGGCGCGGCGCUUUUUGCGCGAGUCGGCCGCGCGGCCGCUCUUCCGCCAGCUCCUGGCCGCGGUGGAAUACUGCCACCGGCACUGCAUCGUCCACCGGGACCUGAAGGUGGAGAACAUCCUGGUCGGGCGGGACGGGCGCCUGCGCCUGGCCGACCUGGGCCUGGCGGCCCUGUGCGACGACCCGGCCGGCGACCCGCUCCGGACUAACUGCGGGUCGGUGUACUUCGCCGCGCCGGAGCUCCUGGCCGGCAAGCCGUAUCGCGGCCCGGAGGUGGACCUCUGGUCGCUGGGGGCCGUGCUCUAUGUGAUGCUCAUUGGCCGGGUGCCCUUCGAAGACCGCAGCCUCAGCCGCCUGUAUGCCAAGGUCCAGUCCGGCGAGCUCCGGUGGCCCAGCACGCCGGUGGUGUCGGCCGAGGCCAAGUCCCUCAUCAUGAAGAUGCUGACCGUGGACCCCUCCCGGCGGGCCACGCUGGACGACGUGCUGGCCGACCGGUGGGUGUGCGACGGGUAUUCCGGGCCGCCGGCCCCCCGGCGCGGGGACCUCGGCCGCUUUGACCCGUUCAACCCGGCGGUCGGGCUGCUGGGAGCCGGCGGCGGCGGCGGCGGCGGCGGCGGCGGCGGCGGCCCGGCCGGCCCCGGCGGAUCGCUCCUGCUCACCAGCACCAGUGCCAAUGCCAGCGGCAUGGGGCUCGGCGCGGGCAGCGGGUCCUGCCCGGCCCCGGGCCGGCCGCCGUACGCCCCGCCCCCGCCGCGCAGCCCGCCGGCCAGCGUGCCCGACGCCCGGGCGGUCGAGCGCCUGGCCGAGUUCGGCUUCAAGCCGGACGCCAUCUACGCGGCCCUGGUCCGGGCGCAUGUGCUCGGGGCCCGGGGCGACGGCCUCGACGGCCUGCCCCGGUGCCCGAUCGUCUGCAUGUACCAGCUGGCCUUGGAGAAGAUCCGCCGCGAGGAGAACGACCCGUCCGAGGCCUGGGGCUGGGACGGCUGGGGCUCCGGCUGGGACGAGUACCACGACGACAUCAGCGCCCGGGGCAGCAUGCGCCCGGCACUCCGACACAACCUGGUGGCCCUAGAUCGGAUGGCCCUCGGGCCCGGGGGCCCGGUCCCCGGGGCCGCCUUCGCCUGCUACUGCGGGUCCGGGCUGCCGGUGGUGCGCCCGGGCCCGGGGGCCGAGGCGGAGCCGCUGUCGGCCGCGGCCGCGGCCGCCGCGCUGGCGGUCCACCGGUCCGGGCAUGUCCGGCCCGAGGUGGCCCAGGCCAUGUCCGGGCAUGCUGGGCGGUCGUGGGCGCGCGCCGGCGGCCGGGCCCUCACCGACGCCGGCGUGGUGUCCGGCCCGGGCGCGCCCGGGGUCCCGGUGGUGGACCUGACGUCGACCGCGCCCGCCGGCGGGGGGACCCUCGCCGGGGACGCCCCCACCGGCCUCGGGGGCGAUGGGCUGCUCAGCACCGACGAGGGGGACUUCGCGUACUACUACGACCAGCCCAGCGGCCAGCCCCCCUGCUCCGGGGCGCGGUAUGGCCACGCCGGGCUGGAGGCCCCGCUGCCGGCGGCCCUGGCCGACGCCGGGCUCGGGGACCAGCUGUCCCCGGGCGCGGGCGACAUGCCGGGCGAGGGCGCCGGCGGCGAUGGCGCGGCCGGCCCGGGCGGCGCGCGGCCCCGGGGCCCGGGGUCGCCGUCCGGCCCCGGCGGCAAAGCCCACCCCGGCCCCGGCGGGUGCCCCUCGUGCGGGGCCUGCCAGCCGGGGCCCGGGGCCGGGUUCUAUGCGGCGACCCUGGUGGCCGGGGGGCUGCCCCCGGGCCCCGGGCCCGGGCCCGGGCCUCACCACCACCACCACCACCCCAUGGCGAUGAUGAUGAUGGCGCAGCAGCCGCCGCCGCCGCCGCCGCAGCAGCCGCUGGCGUCGCAGGAGCCGCAGCCGCAGCAGGCCCCGCUCGGAGGCGGCGGGCCCGGGAUCAUGCCGCGUAGCGGUCGCAUGGUCCGGUCGGCCACCACCGAGUGCAUCGGCGCCGGCGGGGCGCGGGACAGCCCCUCGCGCGGGGGGACCCUGGUGGCCGGGCAGCCGCCGGGCGGCGAGGCGGCCGCCGCCGGACCCCGGCGCAGCGAGUCCAUGGACCUGGCGUCGGCGGCGGCGGGCGGGCCCGGCCCGGCGGCCGCCAUGCUGGACAGCCUGGUGGCCGGGCUGCCGGCCGGCGGGUCGCUGCGCGGCACGCGUUUCCAUCGGCCGCCGAGCCUCCGGCUGCCGGGGGCCGGGGCCGGGGCCGGGCCCGGCGAGGCGUCGCCCGGGCCCGCGCGCGGCCGCCUGGCCGGCACCGGCCGCACCGGGUCCGCCCCGUCGGGGCUGGGCCAGGCGGCCGGGGCCGGCGGCCCGCAGCAGCCCCGGCUGCAGGCCCUCCUGGCCGGCGGCCGGCCGCACCCGGCCGCCGGGGCGCUGGCCACCGUCGCCGGCAUGCCCUCGCCGAUGUGCUCCUCGGCGCCGAACAGCCCGGACCUGCUGGGGUUCCGGUCGAACGGCGGCGCCGGCGGCGGCGGGCCCGGCGGCGACCUGUCGGACCUGCUGCACUACCAGUACCUGCACUUUGCCCUGCACCAGCAGCAGCAGGGCCUGGCCGGCGGGGGGCUGAUGAGCGCCCCGGCCGCCGCCGCCGCCGCCGCCGGCCCGGCCGGGGGGGCGUAUGGCUGCACCACCGGCGUGGUGGCCCCCUGCGCCGGGUGCCGGUGGCUCGGCCCGGCCGGCACCAUGCCCCAGUGGGCCUCGAGCCAGGCGCUGGUGCGCUCCGAGCAGGGGGCCCUGGUGGCCACGGUCGGGCCGCCGAUCGUGCCGGUGGCGCCGACGCCGGCGGCCAUGCCGCCGCGCUACUCCGGCGGCCUGUUCGCCGAUGAGCCGGACGCCGGGCACCACCACCCGGGCCUGGCGCCGGCGCCCUGCGGCCCGGGGGCCGGGGCCAGCUGGGGCGCCUCGGCCCCGGGGACCCCCCGGGGGCCGGGCAGCGCCGGCGGCCCGCUCCAUGUGGCCUCGUAUGCGGCCGGCCCGGGCGCCAUGCUGCCGGCCAUCGCCCCGGCCCUGUGCAGCGGGUGCGGCCUCCUGCGGCCGGUGCACGCGGACCUGCUGCAGAUGUACGGUCUGGCGGCCGGGGCGGUGGCGGCCGAGCACCACCCGGCCGGCCUGGGGCCCGAGGGCCCGGUCGGGGGCUGGCUGCCGGCCGGGGUGGAGUCGGCCCCGGCCACGCCGGCCGCCCGGCCGCGGCGCAUGCGCGCGGCCACCUUCUCGGCCAAGGAGCUGCGCCGCGGGGUGCGGGCCCUGCGCGGGGCGACGGCCGCGCCCGGCGGCCCGGCCGGCUCGCCCGGGGCCUCCACCACGUCCACGGCCUCGGUGACGGCCCCCGGCGCCGGGGCCGGGCCCGGGCCCUCGACCACGCCGUCGGCCACCAGCGGCCUGGGCGUCGGCGGCACGGGCAUGCACCUGCCGAGCCCGAUGUCGGCGGUGGCGCCGCCGCCGCCGCCGGGCGCCGCCGCCGCCGGUGGUCCCGGCCCGGCCCUCGAGCACAUUGGCUUGUGCGCCUGCCCGCCGGGGCCGGCCCUUGCGGCGGCGGCGGCGGCGGCCAUCCCCGGGCCGGAGUCCCCCCGGCUGGGGGAGCUCCUCCUGGUGGCCUGCACCACGCGCUGCUGGUACUCGGUGCUGCUGAACCGGCCGCCGGCCGGGGCGCCGGGCGCCGCGCCCUUCGGCCUGUUCGCCGGGCCGGGCGCCAUGCCGAGCGCCUCGGCCCCGGUCACCCCGCGCCAUGGGUAUGGCACUGGCGGUGGCGGCGGCGGCGGCGGCGUCGGGCCGGAUGGCCGGCCCACCGCCGUGGUGGUCCCCCCGCCGGCGGGCUUCUAUGCCCCGGCGGCCGACUCCGCCGGGUCGCUGCCCAUGUCGGCGGCCGGCGGGCCGGGCGUGAUGGCGCCUGGGGUCCGGGCCGGCCCGGGUCCCGGGGCGGUCAGCGCCGCGGCCCCGCUCCAAGCCACCGGCACCCUGUCGGCCAUGGUGCCGGCGGCCGCGGCGGCCGCGGCGCCCGCGCAGCCGCCGCAGCCGCAGCCGGCGGCCGGCGGGGCGCCGAGUGCCGGCCCGGCGACCGGCGGCUCGGCCACCAGCCCGGCGGCCGCCCGCGGGGCCGGCCUCCCGGGCGGCGUCAACCCCAUGAACCUGCCGGCCCCGGACUCGCAGCCUUCGCCCCCGGAGAAGGUCAGCCUCCGGGGGCUCUUCAGCCUGGCGGCCACCAGCUCCAAGCCGCCGUACCUCAUUUUGGACGAGAUCCGCCGGGUGCUGGAUAACCAGCGCAUCACCUACCACAUGGUCGGCACGUAUGCCCUGUACUGCGUGGUGUCGGCGGCCGGCCUGGCCAGCGGCGGGCACAACGACUCGUCCUACACCGACCGGUCCACGGGCGGCGAGCUGACGGCCAGCGAUUGGGCCGACCCGGGCGCCGGGGCGGCCGGCUACUCGAACAACAGCCGCGAGCUGCUGGCCACCGCCGGCACCGUGGCCGUGGCGGCCGAGCACCCGCACGACCACCGGCCGCCGUCGCCCCGGCCGCCGGUGGACGACCCGUCGCGAUCGUGCGCCAGCAACCUGUCCCAGGCCACCACGGCCGUGGGAAGCCUGAGCGCCGGGCUCCUGGCCCCGGGCGGGCCCGGUGACAGCACCACCGGGCACCAGCCCCAGCCGCCGGAUGGGCACGGCCCCUCGGGCGCGGCCCCGGCCGAGCAGCAGCUCCUGGCCACCGGCCGCUCCGGCGAGGAGGACUUCGCCACGUCCACCGGCAGCGAGCUGGACCUCUGCCGGACGCAGGGGCACUGCCAGCAGGAGCUGUCGAUCCCCUGCCCGGAGGACAUGCCGCCGCCCGGGCCCGGGCGAGGCGGCUACCCGGCGGCGCCGGCCGGCCCGCUCGCCGGGGCCCACCACCACCACCACCCCCACCAUCCCCCCCCCCCCCCCCCCCCCCAGCCGCAGCCGCAGCAGCCCGCGGGCUUCGGCACGGCGGCGGCCUACCAGCCGCACGCGCACCCGUACCACCCGCACGCGCACCACUUCCCCCCCGGCGGGCCCGGGGCCGGGCCCCCCCCGGGCCCGCACCCUGGCGGCCAGUCCAGCAGCCGGUCGCUCCUGCAAAGCACCGACAGCCAAAUGCUCACGGCCACCAGCGGCAGCGUGCAGGUGGCGGCCUACGAGCUGCCGGUGGCCUUCGAGAUCGCGGUCGUGCAGCUGCCGCUGGUCCGGACCAUGCAUGGGAUCCGCAUGCGCCGGCGCCAGGGCUGCGGCCGGAGCUACCGGUCCCACCCGCGGCGCGAGGACACAGCCCGAGGCGCGCCCUUUCCCGGCGCCCCUCCCCGCUGCUGCCCUUGGCCCUUUUCUUUCCUGUCCAUUGUGCAAUAA